UUCCCAGUUUUAAGUUCAAGCAUCUUUUCUUUAACACUUCUAUUUUUAGUCCUAACUAAUAAAAGCCUUGUAUGUGUUAGGAACUUUCAUCUGCUUUUGCAACCUCAAGUGGUAUCCGUCAAGAUUGUCCACUUUCUCCAUUUUUGUUCAACUUCAUCAUAGACCUAUUGAUGGAAAUAACGCUCUCAUCGACUGAAUUCUCGGGCAUUGAUCUUCUACCAGUAGAGGUGCACUUAUCGACUUAGAAUACGCAGAUGAUAUAGUCCUGUUUGGUGAAGACGCUGAUAAAAUGCAGAGUCUUUUAGUGGCACUGAGCAACAAUGCCAGAAUGUUUGGAAUGCGCUUCUCCAUCUCUAAAUGUGAGUUGUUACUUCAGUACCGGCCUGCGUCAACACUUGAACUGAGGAUAGGGAGUGAAGUAGUCGAACGCGUUGACAACUUCACUUAUCUUGGAAGUCUGAUCAGUCCCAAUGGGUUGGUGUCUGACGAAAUCUCAGCACGGAUUCGAAAAGCUCGUUUGGCUUUUGCCAACUUAUGUCACCUACGGCGAAGGCGAGGUAUCCGUCUGUCAAUUAAGGGACGAGUGUACUGUGCAGCAAUCUGAUCUGUUCCACUUUACGUCUGCGAAACGUAGUCAAUAAAAGCAUAAAAUACUCGUAAAAUGUCGAGAGGAUGAGCGGUCAUUUCAUUCUGCUAUCGAAAGGUUAAAAAAGGAUUUAACUGAUCUUAGUCAGCAAUUCUGCAAGUUAGAUACCGAAGUUCAUAUGGUAUCUGGAAAGUUGGUCCAUUUAGGCGACCAGUUAGAAAGAAAAAACUUGCCAAGAAAACGAAUUGAAGAGGCACGUGAUUUGAUACUUGAAUUUUAUAAAUUCUGGGGUUUUGGUGGAGGAAGUGUCACCAAUGUAGUAAGCGCUCAAUCGGAUGAAGCUCAGCUACUUGAGGCCGCCACUCGGUUCAAAAAUCUGAGUUCGUUGUGCUUGGAGUUACCGGAUGAUGAACGUUUCUUAAAUGCAAAACAAAGAGUAACAGUCGCCUGUCAACACUUGGAUACAGCUUUACUUGAACGAUUUAGAGCAAAUUUCCUUACGGGAAAUAUUGAGACAAUGAAGAGCAUAGCAGAUGUACUUCUUCUUUCCAAAAACUACUCUCAAUGUGCUGAGAUCUUGGUUGAAGAAACAGUAAAGACAAUAGAUCCCAACAAGAUUCAUUUUAAAGAUAUUACAAGGUGCUUGGUUUCGAGUGAAAAGCUAAUUAUGACCUUAUUUUUACGACCAGAUUCAGUUCUGAUGCAACUAAUGCAUAGUCUUUUCACAACAAAAUUAAAAGUAUACCUGAGUAAUCAUAUGAAGGAAGAAUUGAAUGCACAGGCAUUUUUAACUAAUUUGUACAAUGAAUAUCGAAACGUUGAAAAAUUGGUUGUUGAGUUAUCUAAUGAGUUAACCUUAAUUACGGAUCCAAUGCAACUGUCCAAAUUAUUUCGGGAAUUAUUUGCUCCAUAUUUAGUUGAUUAUAUGAAACGAGAAUCUGACUGGUUAACUGAACGCUUAACAGGUCAUCUUGAACAUUAUUAUCAAAGUCAAAGGCAUCAAAAACGUGCGCUAAAUGUUUCUGGCUUGGCUGAAUUUCGACGAGACCUCCAAGCAAAGUUUCAUAUCACUGGUGGUGAUCGAUCACAAAAUGACUAUGAUGUAUCGUUGUUAUCAGAAGAAGUCGCUGUUAAUAUUAUUGAGGAUAUUCGGCGUGCUGCCAAACGAUGCUUGCUGUUAUCCCAACCUACUGCUAUUCCAGACAAUGGCAAAUUCAUAUUUACUUGUUUGUAUCACUAUCUAAUUGUUGAACACGUGGAUUAUGGUGUUACUUUAGGUUUGCACGGUUUGAAUAUAGCCGAUCCUCGAAAUAACAAUCCAAACCUAGUCUUCUUCUCCAUAAUUCACGAAGCCACAUCCAUUUUUCACUUUUUUGAGAAAACAAUUGACGAGUCCAUUUUACCAAUGAUUAUUACAAACCCAUCAUAUGCAAGUGAAAUAUCUGUCAAACGUAACGAAUUGAAACAAGAUUUGGAAGGCAAAUUCUGUACUGGCUUAGAAAAGUGUCUAAAUCUGGCUAUUUCUCGUGUCCAAUAUCUAUUAUCCAGUGAACAGCGAAAAACUGAUUUUCGCCCAGAUAUAAAUGCUAACUCAGGAAUAAUUGCCGGUAAUCCACCAUCGCUUGCAUGUCAACAUGUGGUUGCUUUCGUAACCCACAUCAACCGCGAGACUCAUCAACACCUAGAUGGUCAAAAUUUAAAAACAUUUUUACAUGAAUUUGGAAUGAAACUAAAUCGCACAUUGGUAGAUCAUUUUUAUAACUUUACCUUUUCUGACACAGGUGGAUUUGUUGCAAUGCAAGAUGUAACCGCCUACCGAGAAACCGCAAAGCAUUUUGGGAGUCCAACUGUUAAUGUUGUUUUCGAUGUACUGUUUAAGCUGAUGAAUCUCAUGUUGAUUAAGCCAGAAAACGUACAACAAGUUGUUCAAGAUUAUUUGCAGUCAGGAAUGCCAAGAGAUUUGUUGAUGAACUUCAUUCAACUCAGAACAGAUUAUAAGUCAGCGAAGCUACAAAAUGUGAUACAGUUCAAAUCAACAAGAUAAUUUUUCACUUAUUUAUUAUUAACAAUUCGUGUUCUUCAAGUACUCCAUAAUUUCUUCAUUACUUGCACCAUUUUUAAACAUUUCAGUUAUUUUUUGUGAAUAUCUGUUAUUAAAUAAAACUUCAGCUGUUAA